UCUCGCAAGGCAUCCGCCCCAGCACCUCCAGCUACAGCUCUCGCAGCCGCGGCGCGGGCAGCUCAGGCCCCGCCUCCGCUGUGCAGAGAGGGCGGGCCGACCGGCAGGUCACUGCCACCGCCGCUGCGCUCGCCCGAUCCCUGCUAAUAAUUCGGGCAAGCCGGCGGAGGGAGCGGAAGGCUGCUAGCUCCGGAGGCUGGGUGCAGGGGGCGCUACUCUCUCCCGCAGGCAGAGGGCAGCUUCGAGUGCAGGCGCUGAGAUUCCCAGUGCAGGGAAGCGGGCCGGCAGAAGCGGCACCUAACGAGAGCCCCCCACGGUGGGCGGGCUGAGCUGUAGGAGCCAGCCGGAGGACGGCGAUUGUUGUUCGGUGCUUCCCUUCCGAUCCCUCCCCCCCUCUUCUUCCUGGCUUUGCAAAAGCAACACGGUUGGGAAAUCAACUAGCAGAGGAAGGAAAGAAUCCCACGUGGGAGGAGGACGAACGGCAACUAGAAAAGGAACCGCGCAACCCACCCGAGGCUCGGAUGCAGUCCCAGCGAGAUGCUCCAGUAAGAACGGCUUUUUGCAGGAGACCGCCGCGCUGCGUUUUGACGCCCCCGCCGCGCUGCAGCCUUUCCGGGAGGUUCCUUCUGUCUCGUCCCCUCUCAAAUGUGGGGCACUUUCCCACCCUGGCGGAAACUAGGGGGACCAGAAACGCUUUCUCCCCGUAGAAAAAAAGAGAAAGGGGAGGCUUCUUGACGAGCAGGUUUUGUGGCUGCCCUUCUGUACUGCAUGCAUAUCUGUGUGUUUAGAAUAUUUUUAACUUUCCCCUCGGCUUGGCUGCUGAAGAGCCGUUCACAAGCCAGCUCAUAUCCCGGCCGCUGCCAAGUUUGAUUUUAAGCCAGGUGUUUCCCUCACAUGAUGAAAGAUUUUGUUGUCCGCUUUUUCAGUGAAACGCUUUACCUUUUCUUCUUCUGAAGUUGCCUGUAUAGUUGUUAUUUCAACUUGAAGAGAACCCUGGACGGUGGCGAGCUCCUAUUUACUGUGAAUAGGAGCUAUCCUGUUAGAGCUACACAACUCGCCCAAGUGAGGGUAGAUUAUUGCACUGCUGCUAAAACAGACAGACAAAUAUGGGGGGUAACCUUGGCUGUCACCGUUCCAUCCCCAGAGACCCUUCGGACCUGUGUCACAAUCGUAAAUUUAGUGCGGCUUGCAACUUUAGCAACAUCCUUGUGAACCACGAGAGGCUAAAUAUCAACACGGCCACGGAGGAGGAGCUCAUGACUCUCCCUGGAGUCACUAGGAUGGUUGCCCAAAACAUUGUGGAAUAUCGUGAGUAUAUUGGUGGCUUCAAGAAAGUGGAGGAUUUGGCCCUGGUGAGCGGAGUUGGAGCCGCCAAGCUGGAGCAGGUGAAGUUUGAGAUAUGUGUGAGCAGCAAAGGAAACUCUGCGCAGCACUCGCCCAGCUCUUUAAGGAAGGACCAGAACCUUGACCACCUUUCUGCUGCUAAGAUCAAUAUUAACACGGCCACCCCUGCUCAGCUCAUGAGCAUCCGUGGAAUCACCGAGAAAAUAGCUAACAGCAUUGUAGAGUACCGCAAGGAGCAUGGGCCCUUUAAGAACAUUGAGGACUUGGUCAAGAUGGACUGUAUUAACUCUUCAUUUUUGGACAAAAUCCGACAUCAGAUCUUUGCAGAGCGGUCGAGGCCCCCUUCUAUGAAUACCAACGGUGGCCUCAAUUUCACUGUCAAGCCUCACCCGAGCCCCACCUCGCUAAGCCUCCAGAGUGAAGAUUUGGACUUGCCACCUGGGGGGCCAACUCAGAUAAUCUCCACACGGCCCACUGUGGAAAUAUUUGGUGGGGUGAGGGAUGGGAAGCCUGUGCUGAGGCUGGCCACUUGGAAUCUGCAAUGCUGCUCUGUUGAAAAAGCUAACAAUCCUGGUGUACGAGAGGUGGUGUGCAUGACACUGCUAGAGAACAGCAUCAAGCUUUUGGCUGUGCAGGAGCUGAUUGACAGAGAUGCACUGGAAAAGUUUUGCAUGGAGUUAAACCAGCCAACUCUGCCAAAUAUCCGCAAGUGGAAGGGCCCCCGAGGAUGCUGGAAGGGAGUUGUUUCUGAGAAACCCUCAGGCCAGCCACAGAAGUGUGUAGAAUAUUCUGGCUUCUUGUGGGACACAACUGCAGGCGUAGAGCUGAAGGAUGCCACCUCCCAUGAGAACGCACACACAAAUGGCAAUGGGAGGCAGGCAUAUCCUCACCCUUACGUUGCACACUUCAAGGUUGGAAUGAAUGACCUAACACUGGUUAACCUUCAUCUGGCUCCUUUGCCCUCAGUGGGAGAAAAUGCUGUAAAAAAUCACGAUAGUCACAAACUUGCAGCCUUUGCACAGACACUGCAGGAAACACUGAAAGGAGAAAAAGACGUGAUCAUUUUGGGCGACUUCAGUCAACCUCCAGACACUAGCGACCAUGACCUUUUGAGAAAGGAAAAGUUCCAUCAUCUGGUCCCUGCCAGUACAUUUACAAACAUCAGCACAAAGAAUCCUCAGGGUUCCAAGUCCCUGGAUAACAUCUGGAUCACCCGUAGCUUGAAAAAGGUUUUCACUGGUCAUUGGGCAGUUGUGAGAGAAGGUCUUACAAACCCCUGGAUCCCAGACAACUGGUCAUGGGGUGGAGUAGCAUCAAGUCACUGCCCUGUGUUAGCUGAAUUUUACACAGAAAAAGACUGGAACAGAAAGGAUAUAACGCGCAAUGGAAAUGGUGUGAUAGUGGAAUGCAGCGACUCAAAUGCUAAACAUGAGCGAUGAUGAAAGAAAAUGCAAACCAUUCUCUUACCCAGAAGGGAUGGUCAGAAGAUCCCUUUGCUCAAGGCCUGACAGUGAACCAGAACUGCCUUUUUUCUCAUUUAAAAAGAAUCAGCUUCUGCUUUAACAUCUCUUUCCCAUCCUUUGUCCCUUUAUGGAUGUUUUAGGGUAUCCUAAUUUUUGUGCUUUGUGACUUUUUACAGGGACAUAGUGGACAAUUCUGUGCUUGGAUACCUAGACAACUUCAAAUAAAAUGCACUUUUUAAUACUGUU